GGGAGGUGGGGGUGGGUGGAGGGGAGACGAGAGCUCACCACAGCCCGCCAUACCGUUCCACAAGUCCGGAGUUCCGGAUAACACUUUUUUUUCCGGUCUUUUAUUCCCCCCCCCUCCCCUCCCCUCCGCUACAAACCGAGAUCUUUUUGACAUCGUUAUUUUGCAUUAAUAUUAUUGGUGGUUUCCUUUCGGCAGAGGGCUGGUUAUUGAAGGUGCUGUUUGUAAAAAAUUUUUUGUUUUUUUGUUUUAACGCCUCCCUUUAAAAAAAAAAAAAAACCCUGAAGAAGGGGGGAGAGAAAAAAACAGAAUGAACAAGCUUUAUAUCGGGAACCUAAGCGAAAGUGUCACCGUCCCGGAGUUAGAAAGUAUCUUCAAGGAAUGGAAGAUUCCUUUCACUGGCCAAUUCCUGCUCAAAACCGGCUAUGCCUUCGUUGACUGUCCGGACGAGAACUGGGCUAUGAAAGCGAUCGACACCUUAUCCGGUAAAGUAGAACUUCACGGGAAACACAUUGAAGUGGAGCAUUCGGUGCCUAAGAGACAGAGAAGUCGCAAGAUCCAGAUCCGGAAUAUUCCGCCUCAUAUGCAAUGGGAGGUGCUGGAUGGUCUGUUAGCACAGCAUGGAGCAGUGGAGAGCUGUGAGCAAGUGAACACAGAGACGGAGUCGGCAGUGGUGAACGUUACGUACGGGACGAAGGAGCAGGCCAGGCAGGCCAUCUCCAAGCUGAAUGGCCACCAGCUCGAGAGUUACAGUCUCACCGUCACCUAUAUCCCGGAUGAGCAGGCACCCCAGCAGGGUCCGGAGGGUGGCCGCAGGGGUUUUGGGGGCCGUGGACCCCCCGCGCCGGGCUCCAGCGCCCCCCUCAAGCAGCAGUUCGACAUUCCCCUCCGCAUCCUGGUGCCCACGCAGUUUGUGGGAGCUAUCAUCGGCAAGGAAGGAGCGACCAUCCGUAACAUCACCAAGCAGACCCAGUCCAAGAUCGACGUGCAUCGCAAGGAGAAUGCGGGGGCAGCCGAGAAACCCAUCAGCAUCCACUCGACCGCGGAGGGAUGUUCAGCUGCCUGCAGGAUGAUCCUGGACAUCAUGCAGCAAGAAGCCCAGGCCACCAAGAUGGCUGAAGAGGUGCCAUUGAAGAUCCUGGCUCACAAUAACUUUGUCGGCAGGUUGAUAGGGAAGGAAGGCAGGAAUCUGAAGAAGGUGGAACAGGACACGGAAACAAAAAUCACAAUCUCUCCCUUGCAGGACCUGACUCUCUACAACCCAGAGAGAACUAUCACGGUGAAGGGCUCCAUCGAGGCUUGUUGCAAAGCCGAGGAAGACAUCAUGAAGAAAGUUCGGGAAGCAUACGAGAAUGACAUUGCUGCUAUGAACCUACAGGCGAAUCUGAUUCCAGGGCUAAACCUGAACGCUCUUGGCCUGUUCCCACCAUCAUCCUCCACCGUGCCUCCGCACCCUAUAGGUGUGGCACCAGCGACGCCGUACGGCCCCUACAUGCAAACCUCAGAUCCAGAGACGGUGCAUGUGUUCAUCCCAGCCCAGGCCGUCGGAGCCAUUAUCGGCAAGAAAGGACAGCACAUCAAACAGCUGUCCCGGUACGCUGAAGCCUCCAUCAAGAUCGCUCCUGCAGAAAGCCCGGACACAAAACAGCGCAUGGUGAUCAUCACAGGACUACCUGAGGCCCAGUUUAAGGUUCAGGGGCGUAUCCACGGGAAGCUGAAGGAGGAAAACUUCUUUGGACCCAAGGAAGAAGUCAAGUUGGAGACACAUAUUAAAGUCGCGGCCUCAGCAGCCGGGAGAGUGAUUGGCAAAGGGGGCAAAACUGUGAACGAGCUGCAGAACCUGUCAAGUGCGGAGGUGGUGGUUCCUCGCGACCAGGUGCCCGACGAGAACGACCAGGUCGUGGUCAAGAUCAUCGGACACUUCUACGCCAGUCAGCUCGCACAGAGGAAGAUCAGAGAGAUAUUGGCCCAGGUCAAACAUCAGCAACAGCAGAAGGUACAGAGCAGCCAACCACAAGCUCGGAGGAAGUGAGGUUCACGAGGAGUCCCGGAUACCUGCCGACAAUGGAGACAGAGGCUAGGCCAGAGUGUGGCUGUGUUCAGAUCAACCCUUUGUUCACCUUUAACACAGUGGAAGGCUAAGUAGAAAUGAUGGAUUUUAAACUAAAUGAGAUUUACCAGGGUAAUUGGGAAUAACUUUUAAACCCUCAGGAGAAAAUGUUUGAAGAAUGUAAAUUUAGAGUGGAGAGACCUCUUGUCUUUAGUGGGGAGUGGGUGGUAGCUGCUUGCGGGAUGUUGCACAAGUCUGGGGGACAUUAGUGCAGCGGGCUGUUGUAGAGGCCCAGGACCUCCUGCCCGCGUGACAAUUAACAAGCCCGUCAUCGCUCGAUGUUAGCAGUAGAAUCACUACAUUAGGGACUUCAGCCUUGCGAAGGUAUGAAGAAUCGGCUUUUAAUUUAAGCCUCUUCUACAGUGACCCUCCCGCCUCUGCUAAAACCCACCGCCUUUGUGCCCUCCUCCAGCGAUCACGAGGGGUGUGGGGGUGGAGAAGGGGUGAAUGUGGUCGGGUUCGGACAGUGACCAAUUUGGAUUCCAGCCACAAGUUUGUUGAAAGUGCGUGGGAAGUCCAGCGGGAGAAUAUCCUGACAAGAAUUGGACUCAAAUCUGGAAUUGCGACGAGCGUUAUAUUUUAAAAUCUGGGGUGGUAAAAAUUCUUCAUUUUCUCAACAGAGAAGAUUCACGUUUGGGAAACAAGUUAGUUUUUGCUCCCAGAAAAUUGGAACAAAAAAUGCAGAAAAUACUAGAUUACAAUCAGCAGGUCAGGCUGCAUCUGUGGAAGGGGAAGACCAUUUGUUUGCUCUUGACGAAGAGUGUAAGACCCGUGAUGUUUCACAGAUGAUGCCUGAUCUAGUGAGAACUUCCAGUACUUCCUGCUUUUAAGUUCGUUUUUCUUUGCUCUACCAAGUAUGAAACCCAUCAAAUAUCGAGAAAUCUUCAAGGUCAGAGAUCCCCACAACAUUCAUUCAUUUUCUGAUAACAAGUCUUCGGAAAGACCACUAAUAGAAAAUUCUGUACAAUGCAACAUCCGGGCAAAUAGAAUUAAGACACCCCAUGGCAUAGUGAAUGGAUGAAGCAAUUUAUCUUUUACAUCAGGUAAUAUAAUCUUAUGCGUUUCAUAGACGCUGAACGAGAAAUAAACAAUGGGUAACAAAUGCCACUGCUGAGUGGAUUAUUAAUAAUAAUCUCACAGUAAAUGGAGAGAUUCCAUCUUUAUUGUUGAACCUGUUCAGUGCCACAUCUGAGUUUACUUGGGACAUGGCCAAUAGUGUAAAGAAAACUUGGCAGUGAGCAGGUUAAAAUAAACUGGGGAAGGAGCAGGCAAACUAGUAACAGUAGAGGGUCCAACACACAGAUCACGGAGCAGACUCUAGGUGGAGGUAGAAAGUUGCACGUUGCUGGUUUUUGACAUCAAGUGGGGACAGGUGGACAUCUGAGGUUGUCUGUAAUGUUGGAGUGUUUGGUGGGUUUGGGAGCUGAAUGAGGAGGAAAUCAGUCAGUGUAUGAACAGCUCAUGGGCCUCUUUCCACUGCCUGCCACAUCAUGUAGACAACACAGUGCAGGGCCCUGCCUAUCAUCUGGUGCAGAGAUGUGCUGUCACAAAGUAUUUAAGAUCGGCCCGAAACGUUGCCUAUUUCCUUUUGAUCCAUAGAUGCUGCUGCACCCGCUGAGUUUCUCCAGCACUUUUGUCCACCUGCUGUCACUAAGUAUGUCCCCAAGAAAACCCCGUCAUGACUUGAGCCACAAGAUCAAUCUUUUUCACUUCAGUGGGAACCUCAAAAAAUGGGUCGACGUGCAAUGUUUGUGAACACGCCCCAAGUACAAUUAUUGAUCUGCCAUCUGUACCCGAGACUGUGAGAACAGGCAUGUUGUUCCAAAUGGUACCCGCUGAUACAUGCAUCAGUGAAACAGAUAUAUCAUUCAGUACAUUGUGUUAAUUAGUGCAGGCACCUCCAGUUUGAUGCCCGCUUGAUUUACGCAAUUUUUUAGAAGAACUCACUUGUCUAAUUGCUACCGAAGUUUAAUUUACGCGCUCAUAUUUUCUGAAUAAUGCUCUUGGAUUUAUGGCUGACGCCGUACGCUAGCAGUGCCUGCCGUACAUUGGAUUCACCCGCUCAGUGACCACCCGUGUAAAACGCAAGGUACCUGUACAGAGUACCAAUCGAUUGCACCAACUGAUAACGUGUACCAAUCAUGCUUCUUACCAAUUGGCAUUGAUACACUGCAACAAUCAAUGCAUGGCACCAAUUGUUACAUUGCACCAAUCAAUGCAUUGUACCGAAUGAUACAUUUCACCAACCUGUACAUUGCCUUCUACACCCAAAAUCCAUUCACUAAAAGCCAUGAAACGGUGAUCUUAGGGGCUGAGGAGACACUGAGGUCCAUGUCUAACUUAUUUACGAUAAAGUGAUUCUUGAUUCAUCUAAUUUUUAUUACUACUUGCUUAAGACUAAGCCUUCCACAGUGUUAAAAACGUUAGAGAAUUGUGUAUUCUUGCCAAAUAUUAAAUGAACUGUGAUGAUUGAGAAGAUAAUGCCAGCCACGUGUGGUAUUAGCUCUAACCUUUAUUCUGCUUUCUUGAAUGAAGAACUUAUGGACAAUUUUAGUGGUUGUUCCCACACAACCUUUGCCCAAAUUGCCGUCUCGUCCUGCCAAAGAUUGCAAUUGCAACCUCACGGUGUGGGAUCUGUCAGUUCUGAUGUAUACCUUUAUUUCCCUCCUCUCCCAUCCCCUCCCCUCCCCUCCUCUCCCUUCUUUUCCCCUCUUCUCCCCUCCUCUCCCCUCCCCUCCCCUCCCCUCCUCUCCCCUCCCCUCAUCUCGCUUCCCCUCCCCUCCUCUCCACUCCUCCUCUCCUCCUCUCCCCUCCCCUCCCAGACCCAACGCCAGUGGAGAAAGUGGAAUGAAACUAAGAGUCACACACGUGUGGGAGCAGGAUAGUCAUUAGAGAGAGAGAUUUAAAGGGGUGCGCGGUCGAAAGAGGUGAAAGAAAACAACUACGAUAUCUAGUUCAGUCACUUUUCCAGGAAAGAUUUGUGUUUUUUCUUAAAUUAAAUGAGUUCUGAUAAAAUAAAACUGAGAGAGAGAAAAUAUCCCUACACUGCUAAAGAACACCAAGGAAGAAAAAUGAAGUGUUGUUCGAUGGGUAACACUGUGUGCUUUUACAUGACUACCUCAAGCAUUUGUUACCUCAAUCUUUGUUCCUUUCUUGCUUGCUGGUAUUUUAUAUACUUAUAAAGCUGAUAGUCUUGAAUAUUUUAUUUUUUUAAUAAAAGAAAGUAAGAUUAGCUGAGUUACAUGCAGCAGCUGGGAACUGUGCAGGAGUGACUGUGUGGUGGGGCUGUGAGUUUUCCCUGCUUCUAGUUGGUGGAAGUGUUAAAAAAAUAUUUUUUAAAAACUAAAAAAAAAUUACAGCAAAACUGCCUCAGAUCUGUGAGGUGCCACAUUGGGAACAAAUUGCGUUUUAAAUAUUUAAAAGCAGUCGUGAUGAUGUACUUACAUGACACAUUUUCUAUUUUAUAAUUUAAAAAUCACAUCUAAUGAUUUUUAAGUCGAGGCGCUGUGUGCAAAAGACCUGGAUUUCCUGUACUAACAUAACUUUAUACGGCCACAACAGCAUUAGUACAUUAGCCUUUCAUCAAAAUGCCUUCAAUUUCUUAAAAAUACUCCAGUAUGCAACUUUUAUCAUUCCCCUUGUCUGCAUUAAUAACAGAAGCCCCCCCAAUGUAACCAUAUCAGGAUCAAAUGUUGUCAAUGUACCGACUUCAUAGCUUUAAAACGGGGGCUAUGUUAUAUUUGACUGCUCACCAUUUCCUGCUUCUGCAGGUGACUAAACCCACAUCAUGUGGGAAUGGGGGUGGGUAACACCAGUUUACGAAACAUUUACCUUUCACUGAUGUCUCACCUCCCACGCCAUUUCCUAGGUGUGUGUAACA